UUGCAUGUUCUCCCCUCACAUUUUUGUAAAUAUUUGAUUAUAUAUUUUCAUGUGGCAACACUGAAGAAAUGACACUGUGCUACAGUGUAAAGUAGCGAGUGUACAGCUUGUGUAACAGUGUAAAUUUGCCGUCCCCUCAAAAUAACUCACCACACAACCAUUAAUGUCUAAACCGCUGGCAACAAAAGUGAGGAUACCCAUAAGUGAAAAACAGGAUGUGAGGGUGUAUCUCAACAAUGCAUCAAUUUAUCUUGAAACUUGAUAAGUAUCUUCAGUACUAUGCCAGCAAUGUACCCAAGACGUUUUAUGUUUUUGCCACCUUGCGGUCAAGAACUGUGAAAACUUUAAAAAAAUUUCCGUUUUAUCAUUUGAAGAAUUUGUGCAAAAUUCAUAGGUAAUUUUCCUAUAAUUCACUGGAGUAUGCUGAUGUGAAUGCACGCCAAGGUCUGAAAUUUAAUUUCAAUUUUUAAUUUGAUUUUGAAAAAAAAAGUUUUUUGCUACUCCUCUUACAAACUUUGUCCAAUCAUCACCAAAUCUGUCACAUCAUCUACAGAGUAAGCCUCACAAAACUUAUUUAAAAACUUAUAAAAUGUUGAAUAUUCAAAAUGGUUUGCCCAUAAUGUGCCAACAAAUCUGAUAUCAAAGCAGCCAAACAGGAAGUGAGGCUUCAUCUCAGCAAUGACUUUGUUCAAUGACACAAAGCUUGGUACACAUCUUAAGGGCCAUGACCUGAGGCUAAGCAACAAAUUUUAUUGAACAAAUUUUACCUACUGGUCAAAAGUAACAUUCACAUGCUAAAAAAUGCUCAUGUCUAAGUGCCAUUUUUGCAACUCCUUCUCCAAAUUAUGUCCAAUGUUCACCAAAUUUGGCUCACAUCAUCUUGAGAGUUGUCUGAAUAGAAGUUAUCAAAGGAACUCUGAUAUUCAAAAGAAUUCUCCCAUAACAGUCUUGCAAAUUUGUGAAAAUACAAAUCAUACUUGAAUCCCUUUGCCUAUAGUUAUUGCUCUGCUUUGCUGUGAUUCCUUAACCAAUAAUUGUAGCAUGUCUGUAAAUAUGAGGCUCACUGAGUCUGGGUGCCCGAAAAUGCUGCUUGCAGCUUUAUUAUUAUUAUUAUUAUUAUUAUUAUUAGUAGUAGUAGUAGUAGUAGUAGUAUUGUUUUUUUAUUGCUAAUGAAUUUGGGAUUUCACUAUAAAAUAUAAACAUGGCCUGGACUAGUGGGACUCAGCAUGGUUAUAUAGUGAACACUAUAGAGGUUGGUAAUACAAAGAACACAAUAACUAGAUGCAUGUUUAUAGUUUAAUGUCAAACGUUGAAUGUCGUGCAGCCCGUGUGGAUUGCUCCUCUGACUCGAUGAACAUUGCCAUCCGUAAAUCCUACCUGGACUCACUGGGAUUCAGCUGGUAUGACCUUUAUCUUGAUGACCAUCGCUGCAGAGCUUCAACUGACAACUACUAUGUCACCUUCAACUUCCGUCUCCAUAGCUGCAGCACCGGGAGAACGACCGAGAAUGGACGUAUUAUCUACACCAAUAAUGUGCGAGCAGCUCAGCCAACGUCGGGUGAGAUCACCCAACAUGAUACAGUUUUCCCGUUGGUUGUGAAAUGUGUGAUGGAGCGUGAUUCUUCAGUCGAGAUUCUUUAUGAGGCCAAAGAGAUUACAAAUGCAGCUAUCAUUGGAACGGGUCGGUUCAACACCACCAUGGCCUUUUACCCAUCCAGCAGCUUUUACUACCCCAUCACCGAUUCCCCGUACCGAGUGAACCUCAAUCAGCAACUGUACGUGCAGGUGCAGCUAACCCCAGCCGAACCAAGCCUCCACCUGUUCAUGGACUCCUGUGUGGCCUCGCCAAACCACAACUACAGCAGCCGCACCUAUGACCUUAUACGCAAUGGCUGUCAGAGAGACAACACGGUAAACAUAUACAGAAAUGGAAAUCGUUACUUCGCUCAGUUCAGCUUCAGCGCAUUCAAGUUCCUGCGCACACACAACCAGGUGUUCCUCAAGUGUGAUGUCAUUAUCUGCCCUGACAACGACUACAACUCACGAUGUCGCCAAGGAUGCAGUUAUCGCAGGAAACGAAGCACUAGCUCUGAUCACCACACUGAGGUCCUCAUCCUUGGGCCAAUCACACUCAAAGGUCCAGAGGAGGCUGAGGCCAAGACAGAGGACAAGGAGUGAACUCACACUGACUGAUUAAUUAAUCACUUAAAUAUAGUUAACACUGAAUAAUAAUCUGAAUAAGCUUCCUCUAUUAAAGCAUUAUCUAAAGGCAA